GUUGAAGUUACAGAAUCGUCUUCCAACCACCAUUUGGAUCUAUGCUUUAUCUGGCAGCCUAGAAGCCCACCCUUUACUGGAGAAGAAGAAGAAGAAGUGAAUUUUAAUUAAAGGGCAUCAGAGCAGGACUGAGCAAGCAGCCAUGAGCAGUGACUCCGAACUGUACGAGAAGAAGUUCAAAGAUGUGACGCUGCCCCAUUUUGUCAGCGGCCUGUCCUCCAUCCUCUCCUUCUCCCAGUCUGUCUCCACCUUUGGGAACAAGGAGCUCGAGGCGUCGGAGUGUGACAGGGUCAAGUUGGAGGUGGAGGCGGCCCACACGGAGAUGAGCAGGGCUGAGAAGGAGGCCAAGGACUUGAUCGAGUCCCUGACGACCGACGCCCUGCAGCUGGCCGUGGAAUUCGACAAGGCCCAGGGACACUGCAAGAACCUGGAGGAGAGCCUGCAGGCCAAGAAGGAGGAGCUGAUCUCGCUGGAGAGCCAGCGGUACCAGGUCAGCGACCAGCUGCAGGCCGCUCGUUCCUCGCUGCAGCACACGGAGAACACCCUGAACACUGCCGAGGCUAGGAAAGGAGAGAAGAUCACCGGGAGGGACAUGGGGAUCGGCCUGAUGUUGCUCUUCCCUUGUGUUGAUGGCCACAGCGCUGAGAACCUAGUUAUAGAAGACUCACCCAGUGGCCCCAGAUGGAGGGUACACAGGUACCCCCAGGAUCCGCUGAGAAUGGCAGCGACAGGAAUUCCCAUGGCCGUCGACUACAACAAAGAGCUAAACAGCACGAGGGAGCUGGUGAAGAUGGUUGAGAAGGAGAAGCAAUGUUUCGCCGCGGAUGUCAAGAAGAACGAAGAGGAACUGAAGAGGUGCAACAGCGAGAUCCCAGAGAGGAGCAAAGAGGUGGAGAAGCUGAAGGACAGCUUGACACGGGCAGAGAGAGAGGUAGAAACGAAGCAGAGGGCCUGCAGAGCCCUGGCUGACACCAAGACCAAACUGAAGUAUUGCUACAACUAUCUCUUCAGUCUCCAUGGGGCCGUGGAGGUGUUGUACAACUCCUGUGAAGACCUAUACAGCCUAGAGCCCAUCAUGCCCGUGAUAGAGGAGACCUUUAAAGCUAUCCAACAGCAGAACUCCCACAAUGAGCUGCUGGCCUAUGACACACGUGUCCAGAAGUUGGCCAAAGAUCUGAGAGCAAUCCAGUACCAAAUGGGCAAGAAGUGAAGAGGGCCACCCCUCCCCCCCAACUCCACCUCAGCUUACCCCACCACCAUCAGCUGUCUCUUCAUCAAUCAGUGGCUGUGGGAACAGGUCUUUGACUGUUGGGGAGCCAAUUCAAUGGAAUAUUUAAAAAACAGGGAGAGAAAAUAGGUAUCUCAAGGCUGUGGAGGAGAAGCUGAGGCAGUGUGAGACAUCACAAGAAAAUGGGAGCAGGAGUAGGCCACUUGGCCCCUCAAGUCUGUCCCACUGUUCAAUGUGUUCAUGGCUGAUCUGUGCAGGUCUCUUCCAUGCCAAGUCCCCACAACCCACAAUUCCUUGGCCAUUCAAAUGUUUAUCUUUCUCAACCUUAAAUAUAUCUAAUGAUCUGCUCUCUGGACGAGCUGGGACACACCCAGUGGGCCAAAGUGCUGGGAGACUCCAUUAGAUGUGCAAUGGGUUGGGAACAAUGGGUACAAAGUAAUCCACCACAGCUACCUACAAGAGUGGGACGUUGUGGCCAGAUGUCAGCAUCAGGGGUUAGGUGGCGAGGAGGCACAGUUUUUACGAUGCUCCAGGCAAGGUCCUGGCUAUAACACAGGGCUGCAGAGUUCACACUGAAUCCGUAGGGGCCACGGAAGGUGGAACCCAGACUCCGGAACAUGUCCUCGUCUGCCACACUGCAUCAGACAAUA